GAAGCCCGAUGACGUAAUGGAAGAAGAGGGUUCCCCACCUCCACCCGCCUCUCCCAGCUGAUGGAAGGCGCUGCUGGCCGCAUCCUCGCCUUUUUCCUCCGGAGGUGUGGCGCCGGGAGACUCUGCUCCUCCCACCCCGGCCAGGCUCCGAGCGGCUCUUCUCUCGCUCUCUCCGGCGUCCUCAGGAAGCAACCUGGCGCUUAGGAAUCGCUGCGAAAGGGCCGGGAGGCGGUUCGGAAAGACGCGAUGAAGAUGCUGGCUUCGCCUUGGACUCGGUUCUACUCCAACAGCUGCUGCUUGUGCUGUCAUGUCCGCACCGGGACCAUAAUCCUGGGAGUCUGGUAUUUGAUCCUCAAUGCAGUGGUUCUGCUGAUUAUAUUGAGCGCCUUGACAGAUCCUGGCCAGUAUCACUUAGCGGGUACUGAAUUAAGCAAUGACUUUGAAUUUAUGGAUGAUGCCAAUAUGUGUAUUGCAACUGCAGUCUCUCUCCUCAUGAUUCUCAUUUGUGCGAUGGCCACCUACGGUGCCUAUAAGCAACAUGCGGCCUGGAUCAUCCCUUUCUUCUGUUACCAAAUCUUUGAUUUUGCACUCAACACUUUAGUUGCUAUCAGCAUACUGGUUUAUCCAAACACAGUUCGGGAUUAUCUUCAGCAACUGCCUGCAAAUUUCCCCUACAAGGAAGAGAUUAUGUCAAUGAAUUCAGUCUGCUUAAUUGUCAUUCUUCUCCUUUGUUUAAGUAUCACAUUGGCUUUCAAGGCUUACUUGAUCAGUUGUGUAUGGAACUGUUAUCGCUACAUUAAUAACAGAAACAACUCUGAUGUCCUGGUCUACAUUACCACUAAUGACACAGCGGUGCUGUUGCCAUCAUAUGAUGACUCUGCAAAUGGCCCAGGGAAAGAUGCCCCUCCUCCUCCUUAUGUAGAUGCAUAAGUGUGAUGUGUACCUAAAAAAACCAACUAUACUAUUUUUCAGAUCAUCCAAGCAAUAUAUCCUUUCACUUUCAAGAUGGACAUGCAAGAUCCUAGAUUAAUUUAUAGAUUAUUUUCAAAAUGUAUUUUGUGUUUUCUUGUUUUGCCUAAAACAUUACUGAACUGGCUUAGUUUAGCAAAGUAUACUAUAAUCGCAUUGUAGGUUUUUUUUCCUCAUGUAAUAUGUAUUUUUAUUCCCGCCAUACCUUAUGUGGAAGUUUUGCUAGUUUAAAUGGCAGAAUUUUCAAAUCAGUUUUAAGAAUCGUGUCUCAAUUUACAACUCUCAGCUGGAUUUCGAUUUACCUUUCCGUUAAUCCAGAUGCAGGCAAACUAUAGGUCACAUGACCCUCCCCCUAGUAUCUUACAUGAUAGUGUUGCUAUUGGGUAGCAAAAUAGCCAAAUUUCAAAGGAAUUUCAGACUGUAGGGUAGAUAAGGAUAGGAACAAAGUUAUCUAUCUCCCUCCCCCAUAAAUAGGGAUUUAUGAGGCACAGUGGUGCAGUGGUUAGAAUGCAGUACUGCAGGCUACUUCUGCUGACUGCCGGCUGCCUGCAAUCUGGCAGUUUGAAUCUCACCACGCUCAAUGUUGACUCAGCCUUCCAUCCUUCCAAGUAAAAUGGGUAAAAUGAGGCCCAAAUUGUUGGGGGCAAUAUGGUGACUCUGUAAAUUGCUUGGAGAGGGCUGUAAAGCACUGUGAAGUGGUAUAUAAGUCUAAGGCUAUUGCUAUUUAUGUUCCUUUUCUUACUCUAACCAUCCCACCCCCAAACCAAAAAAAAAAAAAAAAUGGAACAUUACAAUCCUCCUAGUCCAGUAUGUUUCAUCAGCCUGAUGUUUCCAUAAAAAUUGAACCACAGUUCCCAUAUCUCCAGCUGGAAUAGCCAAUCACUGUAUUGGCUGAAGGAUAUGAAAAUGGUGCAAUUUAAAACAGUCGGAAGGGUUUCAGGCUGGGGAUUACAAAUCAAGACUUUUAAUUGACUUCCAAAUUAAACCACUCCCCAAUACAAUAUAAUGCUUUAGAUUUCUUAAUUGUGAGGUCAGACUGUUAAUUUUCCUGCUAUUUCAAUUCUGGCAACAUUGUUUUGUCUACUUAAGCAAUUGCUACUUAAGUAAUCCCACUCGGCAAUUACGAAUGCUGGGAAUAAACCAUUUUUGAAUGUCAUUGAUUUCAUGGAUUUUUAAACAAUUUUUUAACACACGCACACACCAAUUGAACUCAAGGGUAAUGCUUGUAUCUACUGUGACUCUGUCACUUUGUGCAAAUAAAAGUUAAUUGAAUAGUCAAUAUUUCUGUGGUAUUUUGGGAAAUUCAAUAUGCCAUUUUGAGGUUCCUGUACUGAUGUUGGUCGCAUCAUUCUGUGUGUGUUCUGUUAUUUUCUUUAAUAUAAGAAAUUAGCACUCCUAUUUGGAUAACUCCAGUGUCUAUGAUGUCUGGGACUAUGGCAAAUUAACAACAACAACAACAACAAUAAUAAUAUCAAUAACAACAGUAAUAAUGUUUUAAUAUGUAUUACAGUCAUUAUUAUAUAACUUUACAACAACCCUAGAGGGUAGGCUAUUAUUUCCAAGUCUAGUUUAAUUCUUAUAAAUAAGCUAGCUACAGUUGCCUUCAUGACUGAGUCAGCAUACAAAUUGACUAAAAGAAUAAGUAAAUAACAUUUGUGGUUCUUAUCUGGGACCCAUUAAAUCAGUUAGACAUAAGCAUGACCAUCAUGAAUCCUAUUGAUUUUAAGCCUAUGUUUCUUAAACAUACUAGUAUAGGUUUACUUGAGAAGCUGGUGUAUAGUCACAAAGGUAUAAAUCAAUAAAAUUGUUUAUUUUUCAUUCCUUUAAAAAUGGAAUCCCUCUCACUUUUUAAAUGAGUCAUGCAUUACAUGAAGCCAUAGUUUGCUUAAAUGAACCACAGCUGGCUGGGUUUGUGCAGAUGACAACAUUAAGAAAGUUAUAUGUGGGUUACUGCAAUGCGUAAACUAAAAAAAAAAGAUUAUGAAGAAACUAGGGACAUUUGUUCCAAACUUCUCUAUUUGGCUAAUGUUUAAAGCAGAUUACAUACUAGUCUCAGCCCAGCUGUUGAAGAUUAUUAGCCUAUUGGUAGAACACAUGUCUUAAAUGCAGUAAGUCAAGGGUUCAGUCCUGGUUAUGUUCACAUAAACUUCCAUUUUUCCCCAAAAGUAGAACUAAAAAACAGAAUUGAGGGUAAUGAAAGUAAUGAAGUGAAACUGGAAACAAAGCAAUUUUCUCCUCCUAGGGAGAUGUAAAGCAGGGGUGUCAAAAUGACGACAACACGUCGUCAUGUGACGUAUCACAAUGUUUUCCCCCUUCUUUAAACUGGGAGUGGGUGUGACCAGCACGUCAUGCAUCCGACCCGCAGGCCAUGAGUUUGACACACCUGAUGUAAAGGGAAGAACUGAUAGACACCCCUACAUUCAGUGCAGGCUAUUUCUUACUAUGUACUGAUCUGCUGAUUAAGCAAUGAAGUGAGUCCUUGCUAAAUCAAUGCACUAACAAGGAAUUUUCCACAUAAGUUUUUCUUUUGUUAUGCAAGUCACUAUUACACUGGAUUAGGCUUUACAAUCAAUUUGAAUUCCUAAUUUCUUUAACUUUGGUUUACCUGGUCUGGAUGAUUAUGCUAAGAGUUCAUGUUAGAUUACUGUUUUUAAUUUGUGACAUUUUAAAUCAUCUGUAUGAAAAACAGCUAUACAUACUUUUCAUUCAAAACUUGUGGUAAAAUGAGCUCUAAUAAAAGGAUUAUUUCCUCAUAUCUUUGUAUGACUUACAACAUUUUUUCAAUAAAUGCCAUUAUUGGUUCAAGUAUCAGAUCAGAAAUAUUUGAGUUAAAGAUCUAAACUCUCAGCCAAUGAGUGAGUGAUCUGAGAGUGGGUGAUUUGUGGCCAAUCUCAGAAUUGGGUUGUUAAUGUAAAUGAGAUAAAAUUGUCCCAUACAUUAAAUUGGCUCCUAGAGAAAAGAUGGCAUACAAACAUAAAGUCGAUUCUCAUGUUUAUAUAGAUUUAUGCCCCUUCACCAAACUUUUAUUUCUUUCAUUAUUUCUCUCCGUUUCCAUUUCCAUUGCAAUCAAUAUUGAUUUCAGGAAUGGCAGCUAAAUUGUUCACCGGGAGGGAGAAAUGAAAAAAGUCAAGAUGGCAUCCUCUAUUGUACACUACCUUGAGGGGGGGGGUCAUCCCCCCCAAUCUAUUCACAAUUUAGACUGCUCCUGAUAGCAAAGCUAGGGAACAAAUGAGUUUGGUUAAAAAGCCAACUGUUUUUUUUUCUUCUAGACUGAGAAAGGAAAGAAUUUGCGGGCAGAGCAUUAGUUAUAGCCAAUGGUCACGUAUGGUACAUUCACAGACAGUUAAGAAUCUUAAAAAACCUAGCAGUAAUUGAAACCUGCAAUUAUAGUGCAAUAGAUCGGGGAAAAGAAAAACCUUUCUAAAGUCUGUUCUGUACUUAAUAAUGCUAUGGAGGAAAGUAUGCUUCACGAUCAUGUUUUAAACACAAUAAUGCAUUUUUUGAAAGCUACUGCCACUAUUUUGUAAUUAUCUCGCAUAGUUUGCAGCACAGUCAUUAAUGUGGACCUAAUACUGUAAAGAUAUUGUCAAUUCAGAUAUUUAGCAUAUUAUCCACAGAGCGAUAUCUCCCUUUUAAAAGUAAACUUGGCCUGCACAGAUAUGAGAACAGUGUAAAACGUAUCACUGUUGCCACAUACUAGAAUUUGAUAUUCCAGUUCAACCUGAGAUGGCAAAUUACUUAGCUCUCUCAUAUUCUUUUGAUGUUCUAUAACCUAAUAUUGUAACAAAUGUAACACCUUUAUUUUUUAUCCCUUGUGUUAAACAAGCUCAUAUCUCCAUUACUGUGGAUUAUUCUUGGCAUUGUUAUUUCUAACCCAACCUUCUCAUUUCAACGAUUGUUUUCCUUGGAUGCAUAUUUGUAUAUUUGGCACAGACUAUUAAAAGUUGGGAAGUCUUA